AUGGCCAAGAGGCAAAUCCACAUCGGCCAAGUGUUGAUGCCACCGGCCAUCUUCACCGGACUUUUUCUAGCCCUGUGGUGCUACAAAUGCAUCAUGCUGGUCUUGUUCCAGAAUGCCAUUAUCUACAAUCCCUUUCUCCCACCAAAUGCUCGGAGCAUGCGGAUUUCGGACUUUUCACGCCAGUGCGGAGGAAUUGAAUGGCGAGAGGGCCGCAUCAAAUCUUUGGAUGGCACCGAGAUUGCUCUUUGUAUAAGUGAGAUGUUUUGCGAGCACAAGCCCAAUGGCUCACCCAAGACGCCGGUAUAUAUUUUAUAUUUUCAAGGAAACGCCUCAUCUCUCCCUCCUCGUCUGCCAGAUAUCUCUGGUAUUAUGCGUCAACUGAAAGCAGAGACCGAGGGGCCGGUUCAUUACACUAUAGUUUGCCUCAGCUACAGAGGAUAUUGGACAUCACACGAUCGUCCUUCUGAAAAAGGCAUUGAUCUGGAUUCUGAGGCAGCACUUCGAUGGAUCGCAAAACUCCAUCAAGAUAGAUACAAGCAGACAGAAGGGACUGUACCCAAUCCCAUCACCAUCUUAUGGGGGCAGAGUAUUGGGUGUGGCCUCGCAACAAAUCUGGCAGCCAAAACUCAAAACGCGGCAACUUUACCAAUUAACGCCUUGAUACUGGAAACACCGUUCACAAACACCCGCGCAAUGCUCACGGCGCUGUAUCCACAAAAGUGGUUGCCGUAUCGACACCUUUGGCCGUUCUUGCGCAACCAUCUCGAUAGCUGGUCAAACUUGGGCACGAUAGCCACAAAAGCCUCAAAACCAGGGGUUUACAUAGUGGAGGGUGGUAAAGACGAAUUAGUGCCCUCCGACCAUGGCAGCACCCUUUACAAGCGGUGCCAGGAGGUUCAGCUAUUUGCAGAGCUGCAUACAGUCCGCGGAGCUCUUCAUAACGAUGUGAUGGUGCGGAAGGAAGGCAAGCACACCAUUGCACGGUCUAUUGCCUUGGCUGUUUCACGGGCACAAGAGGCCUAUGCAGACCAGAAGCCAUCUCUGCGCGGGCCGUCCAAGAGCAAAAAUUGA